CACUCGUAUCCAUCGCUUGCGGUUUCGGGAGAGGAAAUCUCGAAAAUUCGUAUUCGGCUUAUAAUUCUGGCACAGAUGAAGCAUUUUUUGGAAGAACAGAGAUGUCUGACUUCAAAAACUCCAAUUUCGCCGAAAAGCAAACUUUUAACCUUGAAUCCCUUCUUAGACUGUCAGGGUAUAAUGAGAGUCAAUGGUCGACUCGCAAAUUCGCUUAUUUUAUCUUAUAAUGAAAAACAUCCCAUUCUUCUACCUUAUAGUUGUUCGUUCUCAAGGUUGUUAGUUCACUUGAUCCAUAACAUUUCUCUUCAUGGAGGAAAUCAAUUGAUGCUGCGGCUGCUUCGCCAACAGUAUUGGAUUCCAAAGGCAAAGAAUCUCAUAAAGACUGUCAUACAUAACUGCAGAACUUGCGUCAUUCACAAAAAGCGGAAUCAAUCCCAAAUCAUGGCUGCCCUUCCUGAAGAGCGAACGACCCUUUCCAGGCCUUUUCAAAAUACUGGAGUCGAUUUUGCCGGCCCAUUUGAUAUUAAGAGUUUCACUGGUAGAGCAUGUAAAAUCACCAAAGGUUAUGUUUGCAUAUUUGUAUGUUUUUCCACACGGGCAAUUCACCUGGAAGGUACAAGCGAUCUGUCCACAGAGACCUUUCUUGGCGCAUUCUCGCGAUUCAUAUCUAGACGAAGCUGCCCUCAGCAAAUCUUUUCGGACAAUGGGACCAAUUUUGUAGGUGCGGCAGCUAACUUGAAAAAGGAAUUCAAGAAAUUCCUAACCACGUCGCGGGAGUCUUUGUGCAAUAUGUACAGUCAUCAGGAGGUGUCUUGGAACUUUAUCCCUGCCGGCGCUCCUCACAUGGGAGGACUAUGGGAAGCUGGAGUUAAAAGCAUCAAAUUUCAUUUUCGACGUACCGCCGCUUCUCAAAAAUUCACCUUUGAAGAGUUUCAAACCCUACUUUGUCGCAUUGAAUCCUGUCUAAAUUCUAGGCCGAUAUCGCCCAAUUCCACCGACGCCGCAGAUUGUGCAGCCCUCACACCUGGUCACUUUCUCACGGGGGGUCCCAUACUUUCUCCCCCCGAACCCUCCAUAGAAGCAAACCCAGUCUCGAUAAUUAAUCGGAGGCAAAAAAUAAAGGCUCUUAGCCAGCAACACUCUCUGCGAUGGAAAGAGGAAUAUCUCAAAGAACUCCAUAAACGCUACAAAUGGAAAUCCCCUCAAAAAGACAUCGCCGUCGAUGACCUAGUUGUAGUUCGCCAUGAAAAUCUCCCUCCUAACGAGUGGCGCUUGGGCAGGGUCACAAAGAUUUAUAAAGGCUCCGAUAAAAGAAUUCGUGUUGCAGACAUUCGCACACAAAAGGGAUUGAUAACGCGACCUAUCGUGAAGUUAGUGGUCUUACCAAACUAACCCCUCAUAUCAAUACUUUCCUUUUUUUUGCCGCUUUAGCAGAUGCCUCCGCCCAGCGCGCAGCCAGGGAAGGCAGGUCCAAAUGUAGAGUUUGCCACCGGUCGCAUCCUCUCCGGUAUUGUAGGCGAUUCUUAGAUGCCAACUACGAGCGCCGGCUGCGCCUUGUGCUUCUCCAUCGAUAUUGCUCGCGAUGUUUAGCCCACUCCCACACGGCCAAGAACUGUCUGAGCAACGGGACGUGCCAAUAUUGUGAGGAAAAGCAUCACACCCUGUUGCAUGCAAACCACCGUCUUUCUCCCCGACGCCAACUUCCCCUACUUUUAACGCAGCUUUCGGGAACAGUCACCGUUCUACCCACCGUUGCGGUUUACCUACACAUUGGGCCUCGGAAAUUUUUAGCUCGGGCUCUGAUAGACCCUUGCUCGCAAACGAGCAAAAUUUGCCACGCACUGGUGCACCGGCUCCGCCUAAAGACGGUGCCCGUGGCGAAUACCAGCAUGUGCGAGCUCCACGUAAGCUCGUCAAAUGAUGCACAUGUGCGAUUCUCCUUGCCGGCGAGGGUACUGUCGGAGAUCGGGUUGAAAACUCCCGCUCGUCAUCUCAGCCAAGCGACGCGGGACAAAUUCAUUAACCUCAAGCUCGCCGAUCCUGGUUUCCACACUUCCUCUGCCGUCGCCUUGAUUUUCGGUGGGGAUGUAUAUC